AUGAUUAUUCUCCUAUUGAUACUUUCAUUAGUAUUAUGUUCCAAUAAUUACAGUUAUUCCUACAAUACCAGAUCUGUUGUUUUGGAUAAUUCUCGACUACUAUACAAAAAUUUCAGUCAAUCUGUACAAACAUGGAAUGUUUCAUAUGCUCCUUAUACCAUUCUAUGUCCCUCAACUUCCCUCAUACGACCAGCUGACGAUACACUUUGUGAACAGGAACGAACAUAUAUGGAAAAUCGCAAUAUCCAAACUGAAGUCCACCUCAAAAACCUAUUAAUCCACAACAAAAUACCCCAAUUUGACGUUGAAGAGUUCUUUACUGGUAAAGACAUUCCAAUCACUAUAACCAUAGCUAUUUCUGGAGGUGGGUACCGGUCUAUGUUAACUGGUGCAGGUGUUCUUGCUGCCUUGGAUGAACGAAGCAAGGAGAAAUGUCAGAUAAGUGGAUUACUUCAAGCAACUAGUUACAUUGGCGGGAUUUCUGGAGGAUCUUGGCUUGUUAUGAGCAACUUCAUCAACGAUUUCAAGGUUAUUGAGGAAAUUAGGAAAGAAGGAUGGAACUUACAAGAACUGCUAUUAUCCGGCGUGCCUAAUUUUGAACCUAGUGGAAUACAAAGACAUAUUGAAGAAAAGGCAAGGGAGAGGAAUUCCAUAAACAAAGAACUUGCAAAACAACAACCUGGAAUUAUAGGUACCUUUCUUAAGUUCUUUAAUUUCAGAUCAAAUCUGACAAUACCUGUUCUGGAGAAAGUCCAAGAAAAUUCCAUAUUGUAUACUUGGAUAAAGGGAUUAUUUACUAGAAGAACUACACCCUCCAUAGUGAAUACCCCUACAACUAACCCAUCACUUGUGAAUCAUACAAAUGAAAUGGCAUUGAAGGAAUAUCUCAAAUUUUACAAAGAGCUACUCAUUGAAGUCAAGGAUAAGAAACGAGCAGGGUUUCAUACCAGUUUAACUGAUUAUUGGGGACGUGCGUUGGCACGCAAGAUAUUUACAACUGCAGCCCGAACACCAGGCGUGACAAUGACAGCAGCCACCAACAUCCUUUCAUCAUUUCAGAAUUAUGAACAACCAUUCCCUAUUAUUGGAACCGUGGAGAAGGAUCCCACUGGUGGCGAUUCCACGAGUGUUGACUCUCAUUCAUUUGAAUUUACUCCUUUUGAGUUUGGAAGCUGGGAUCUGUACUUGAACGCAUUUAUACCCAUGAAAUACCUUGGAACUACGUUGAAAUCGGGAAUCUCUACCCAACCGUCCCCGAUUGAAAACCAAUCAUACUGCAUUUCCGGAUUCGACAAUGUUGGAUUCAUCACCGCAACCUCCUCGAGUUUAUUCAACCAUAUAUUUGUCUAUGUUUAUCAAAUGCUCAAUAACUUCCAAAUAGAAGCCACCAUUGCUCUUGAAAAUAUUUUGAAAACAUUUGGGUUGAGCUCACAAUGGAAAUCACUAAGAAGUCCCCAGUUACAUCCUGAUUAUGCCCUAUAUUCUCCUAACCCUUUCUAUUUAUAUGGCCCAAAUACGACCAUAUCCGACAGUCCUGAUUUAUAUUUGGUCGAUGGGGGUGAUGAUGGACAGAAUAUCCCCUUUCAGCCAUUCCUUCGCCCUGCCAGGAAAGUGGAUAUAAUACUAACUUAUGAUAUGAGUUGUGAAUUACACAAUUUCCCCAAUGGAACCGUGUUGACCAACACCGCCAACCGGUUCUUGCACGGUAAGUAUCAGUUACCGAGAUUUACACUACAACAAAAUGGAAAUCUGGUUGCAAAGUCAAUAUUUCCUAAAGUGCCCACGCCACAAGAAAUCCUUAGAUAUGGACUAAGCACACGACCCGUGUUCUUGGGCUGUGACUUGAUGCGAGAUUAUGAGACUGUGCCCACAACAUCUAAUAAUGUCUCCAAUAUUACUACGAAAGAGAUACUUUUAGACUACUUCCCACCGGUGAUUGUUUACACGGCCAAUUCCAACUAUUCUUAUUUCGGGGCCAACAGUUCAACCUUCCAAUUAAGUUAUACUGACUAUGAGGUUGAUUCCAUGAUCAAUAAUGGGUUUAAUAUGGCAAGUUAUUUAAACUCAUCACUUUACCCUGUGUGUCUUAAUUGUAUUAUACUAAAGAGGCAGUUUGACAGAAGGCAAUACAACAAGGAAAAUACGUACAUUCCCAAGACUUGCUUGGGUUGUUAUGAGGCAUUUUGUUGGGAUCGGGCGCGAUUCGUCUGA